AUGCAGCAGCCUGAUAACAGCCUGCCGCCCCCCACUGGUCUCGUCCUUAAGUACGUCCUUCUCGGCACCGGCACUCAGAACUACACCUGCACCGUACCUGGAUCUACAGCUGCUCCAGGCACUACCGGAGCUCUUGCUACUCUCUACGACCUGGGCACCAAGCUCAGCAGCGACCCUCUUGCCAAGUGGAAGAUCAACACCCUGUCUGGCCUCACCCUCUCCAUGUCUUCGUACCCUCAGGUCCUAGGCCUCUUCCUCUCCGCGUCUGGCUACAACAACAUCCUCGGCAAGCACUUCUUCUCUAGUGCAGGCGUCCCCACAUUCGCUCUCGAGAACGUCCAAACCAACCCAUUCCCUCAGGUCAAUGGCAAGAAGAACGCCACCAUGACUGCCCCAGCCGACUCUUGCCCCGGGAAGACCAACGAAGGCGCUGUCCCUUGGCUCCAACUCAUCGACGCUGGCGGAUCAUGUGGUGGCAUCAACACAGUCUACCGUCUCGAGACUGCUGGAGGAAGUGCCCCCGCAACCUGUGCCGGCAUCACGACAACCACUUUCGAGGUCGCCUAUGCCGCUCAGUACUGGAUCUACGGUCCCGCCUGA